UUUGUGGGCAACCAAGAAUCUCUUCCCGAAUUGUUGGAGGGCAAGAUGCCCCUGAAGGAGGGUGGCCCUGGCAUGUUAGUAUUUUGCAUGAUUUCCGUCCUAUUUGCGGUGGCGCUCUCAUCAAUGAACAGUGGAUACUGACAGCAGCUAGCUGUGUUUAUGGAUUCGAUUCUAUUGAAAAAUACACUGUGCUUCUUGGAGCCCGUCAGCUCUUAAAUCUCUCCCGAAAUGUGCAACUGUACCCUCUGCAAAAGAUACUCAUCCACCCUAACUACCAGGGCGAGGCUGGCUCUGUUGGGGAUAUUGCUUUACUUAAACUGGCAUCACCCAUUCGCUUCACCAGCCUCAUCCUUCCUGUCUGCUUGCCGCAUUCCUAUGACGAGUUCUCCAACAAUCCAAAUUGUUGGAUUGUUGGAUGGGGAGAUACUGGAAACAAUGAGCCACUGUCAUACCCAUUAACUCUACAGGAAGCAAAGGUGCCUAUCAUAAGCCGAAGGAACUGUAACAAUUUCUACAACGCUGUCCCAUUUCUAGACAUGGAGGAGAAUGAUCCUGUCAAACCUGAUAUGAUCUGUACUGGUUAUACCCAAGGCAGCAAAGCUUUCUGUAAGGGUGACGGUGGUGGACCCUUGGUCUGUAAAGUCGGGAGGAGAUGGAUCCAGGCUGGGAUUGUGUCUUGGGGAGUAGCGUGUGGCAAAUACUUCCAUCCCGGGGUCUGUACUUCAGUGCCCUUCUAUAGUCGUUGGAUCAACGAUAAGAUCAGAACACAAUGAAGGGCUGAUAGUAAAACGUUCCCACAAUGACACUCCUUUCAGUGCCGUUGCCCUUGCUUUAAGAAACAUAAUCAGCAGUAUCAAACCAUUUUCAGUCUAUGCACAAAACAAUCCAGCUGCUAAGCUAAGACUAGAAGCAGAUCAAAUGCCCGUUGCCUGUGUCUCUAAAACAUGCUUAGCCAGCUCAUUGUCCAACCUAGCAACUGUAUUGGCAUAACAUGGGAUGUUGAUGUAGUUUUAACUUUGGUUCACUGGUUGGGUGCUUUGCAACUUAGUGCAACCUCAGCCCAUUUACUGUAGACGGUUGGAUGCGUUGUGCAAACAGUGAAAUUAGGUUAAUUCAGAAACCAGGUUAAUAAUGGUAGUACAAAGAAUAGAAGCAUUACCCGACAUUUUGCCUAAUGCUCCUUAGCAUUCUUCUUUAGUGUGUAUUGAAGGAUUGUGAUUAGGAAGCCAUGUGAGCAAAGUUAGCUAUUAUAAAGAAAUGAAAAGGAACAUCAAGAACCAAAAAACAUGUGAGGCCUAUUAAAGCAAGCUCCAGAUUGCUGGGCAUGUGCUGAGUUCCAGAACUGAAUUCCACAAGUAGCAGAGGACCCAAUCCCAGGAAUAAGUGAUACUCACCUUGUGAACAUCACAGUACCCUUCCAAAAAGACCAGCAGUCUUUUCUCCUCAUCUUUUGAUUUAUUUAGCAUGUAGACAGGAAUGCCAUCAGUAUGAGAGGAUACAGAACUGGGCAUUAGGCUUAUUUACAUUGAUUAAAAGCUUCAUGCAUCCUGUUACUUCUAUCCUGUGUGCUUAUCAAUAAAAUUAUAUGACA